AUGUCUCCCGCACAGGACGCUCCUCUCAAGGAGAAGACCUCGUCCGCCCUGCCCUUCGGCCAGCAGGUCUCGCUCGCCUCCGUGUCCGGCCCGACCUAUGUGACUGCUCAGCUGCUCGUUCAGCAGGUCGCCUACCUUCUCUCCGACAAGAUCUUCAGCUACUCGGCGCCCACUUUCGACCUUGAUGUCGCCGCCCGUGCUUGGGCCGAGGCCAAGGAGAAGAACAUUUACGGCGAGCACACCGAUGUUGUUCAGCUCCAGACGAGGACCGGCGCCGGCGCCUUCGCGCUUGGCUACAUGUUCAGCCCCGACUUUGACAUGUCCAAGCGCCAUGUGCCUCAGACUCUCCUGGCGCCCAGCCUGAGUCUGAAGAGCCUUCGCGGUGCUCUCGACCAGCUGAGCCUGCUGUACGGUGUUGCCUCGCCCUUUGUUGCCCACAUCGCUGCCCUCGACUACGAUGCCCACAACGGCCUCCUCCCCGAGUACGAGACCGCCCUGCGCACCGCCGAGGAGCUUGGGCUCGGCCUCGUCUCCAGCACCAGCGCCUACGAGACCCAGCACAUGGCUCUGUUCGCCACCCUCAUGGCCGCCGUCAUCCCUACUCUUCACGUCUACGACGGCGUCAGGCUCGCUCGCGAGACUUCGCGCGUUGUUGAUGCGCUCAACAAGAGCGGCGUCGCCGACAUCUACAACAAGCUCACCGAUGGCUCCGUCGCUACCGAGGAGCGUGAGGCCAUUUCCUCCAAGGUCAAGAACCUGCUGAGCAUUGUCAACCGUGAGCUUGGUAACGGCGAGGACCAGGAGUCCAGCCACACUGCCCUGCUCGCUACCUUGAUGACUGCUCUGACCCCUUCCCUGGGUGUCGAUGAGGGUGUCAGGCUCGCCAAGGAGACCAUGAAGGCUUCUGGCGCUCUGAACAACAAGAAGGGCGUUGCCGAUACCUACAAGAAGAUCUCCAACGAGGUCGCUACCCUCAACAAGAGCCUCGAGGAUCCCGACAAGAUCGUCGAGCUUCUCAGGCUCUUCAACGAGGAGCUCGGCACCGAGUACGAGCUCUUCGAGUACCACGGCCACAAGCAGGCCGAGACUGUCCUUGUUGUCUUUGGCAGCGUUGAGGCUCAGCUCGCCAAGCAGGUCGCCGGUCGCCUUGCUGCUGACGGUGCCAAGGUUGGCACCAUUAACGUGCGCGUCUACCGCCCCUUCGUCGAGGAGGCUUUCCUCAAGGCCAUCCCUGCCUCGACCCAGCGCAUUGCCGUCCUUGGCCAGGUCCGUGACGAGCUCGCCGUCAAUGACGCCACGGUUCAGUCGACUCUCUACACUGAUGUCCUGACCAGCAUUGCCUUCUCUGGCAAGUUCCGCCAAGACCCCGCCGUCUCUGACGUCAAGUAUGCCGCCUCCGAGCCCCUGACGCCCCAGACCGUCGCCGAUAUUUUCGGCAAGGUUUCGGGCCACGGCGCAGCCGCUAAGCGCUUCCCCUCGCUUGUCCACGCCAAGCAGUACACUUUCUGGGAUCUCGACAGCUCUGCCGCCGCCAACUCUCCCUUCGUCAUUGGCAACCUCCUCUCGCGCGAGUCCACCAGCAACGUCUAUGUCAGCGAGCAGUACGACAACCUUGUCCAGGGCGGUGUCGUUCGUACCGACAUUCGCAGCUCCAAGAAGACCAUCGAUGCUCCCUAUGCUAUCGAGGACGCCGAUGUCGUUGCUAUUGGCGAGGAGAAGCUGCUGCGUGACAUUGACAUCCUUAAGGGUGUCAAGGAGGGUGGCAAGCUCCUGGUCAAGCUUCCCAAGUUCAAAGACGAGGAUGUUGAGAAGCGUAUCCCCGCUUUUGUCCGCAAGUCUGUUCGCGAGAAGGGCGCCGAAAUUUAUAUUCUCGAUCCCGCUCAGUCGGCUGCCUUCGAGGAGGACGAGUCUGCUGCCAGGAUUCUCUUGGAAUUUGCUUUCCUUGAGGUCGCCCACGCUGACAUAUCCCGCGAGGAUGUUGCCCGCUCGCUCCUUCCUGAGGGCUCGUCGCCUUCGCUCCAGGAGAUCCUCGAUGCUCUCGAUGUGACGCUUCGCAAGUUUGAUCUUCCCAGCGAGACCACCGAGCUUCCUGCCGACCACAUUUGGCCCUCGCUCCCCGCCACUAUCAAGACUAACAGCUUCGCGCCUGCUAAGGACAUCGUGGCUGACGAGGUUUCCCGGCUUGUCGACUGGCAGGCUGCCGCAAAGGGCCUCGCCUUCAAGGAGGCGUAUGGCACCAAGGCGACGCUGCGCCCUGAGCUUUCUGUCAAGACGCACACCGUCACCGUCAAGGAAAACCGUCGUCUCACACCUGAGACAUACGACCGUAACAUCUUCCACAUUGAGUUUGACCUCGGCGACUCUGGCGUCACGUACAAGAUAGGCGAGGCUCUCGGCAUCCACGCCGAGAACGACGAUGAGGAGGUUCAGGCCUUCAUCAAGUGGUACGGUCUCAACCCGGAUGAGAUUGUGCAGGUGCCCUCGCGCGAGGAUGCCGCUGCCCUCGACACUCGCACUGUCUACCAGGCCCUCAAGCAGAACAUCGACGUGCUUGGCAAGCCUCCCAAGCGUUUCUACGAGGCCCUCGCCGAAUUCACGUCGGACGAGAAGGAGGCUCAGCAACUUCGCGUCCUUGGCGGCGCCGAGGGUGCUGUCGACUUCAAGAAGCGCUCCGAGGAGGACACGCUCACCUACGUCGAUGUCCUCCAGGAGUUCCCGUCGGCGCGCCCCUCGUUCCACGACCUUGUGCGUAUCGUGUCCCCGCUCAAGCGCCGUGAGUACUCGAUCGCCUCCGCCCAGGCUGUCACCCCGAACGCCGUCUCUCUCAUGAUCGUUGUCGUCGACUGGGUUGACACUCGCGGCCGCACCCGCUGGGGUCAUGCCUCGCGCUACCUGUCCCGCCUUCCCGUCGGCACAACCGUCACCGUCUCGGUCAAGCCCUCAGUCAUGAAGCUCCCUACCUCCGCCAAGGCACCUCUCAUCAUGGCUGGUCUUGGUACCGGUCUCGCCCCCUUCCGCGCCUUUGUCCAGUACCGCGCCAUGCAGAAGGCCCGCGGCGAGGAGAUUGGCUCCAUUCUCCUGUACCUCGGCUCCCGCCACAAGCGCGAGGAGUACCUCUACGGAGAGGAGUGGGAGGCUUACCAGGAUGCCGGUGUCAUCACUCUGCUCGGUGCCGCCUUCUCUCGUGAUCAGCCCCAGAAGAUCUACAUUCAGGACCGCAUGCGCGAGAGCAUCAAGGACAUUGUGCAGAGCUACAUCCGCGACGAGGGCAGCUUCUACCUCUGCGGCCCCACCUGGCCCGUACCCGACGUCACCGACGUGCUCAAGGAGGCCAUCGCCUACGAGGGCAAGCUCACCGGCAAGAAGGUCAACCCCAGGAACGAGAUUGAGAAGCUCAAGGACGAGGGCCGCUACGUGCUGGAGGUGUACUAG